AAAUCUGAUGGUACUUUUCUGUUUUCAUGACUCCAUCAAUUUUUAAAGCUCUCUAACACCACUGCCUUAAAUGCGUCCCCAAACCAUGACAGAGCCUCCAUCGUAUUUUACAGAUGGCUGUACACACUUAUUGGUUUACCUCUCUCCUGACCACCUCUGUACAUACUGAUGAUGAUUUGAACCAAAAAUUUCAAAUGUGGAUUUGUGAGAGUUUUCGUUGAUUUUCAAUCCAGUUCUGGUGCAGUUUGGCCUCAGCCUUUUCUUCCUGUUUCACUUCCUUAAGAAUUGCUUUUUGACAGCCACCCUUCAACUGAUGCACUUUCUCAUGAGACCUCAGUGAACAGCUGAUAUACCAACUUAAGGGCCAGACGUAUCUCUCUGGUCCCGUGUCAGGUCUUUGUCGGAUUGUUUUCUAUUUCAUAAGGACAUGACUUUCAGGUACUGUUCAUCUACUGUUUUUAAGACUGCCAAUCCUUAUUUUGUUCUCUACAUGUCCAAUUUCCUUUUUAUUUGUAAUGCACACUGCACAUCAUGCUGGGAUUUAACAAGUUUUCAGCUAAUACUUUUUGGGAAUCACUUUGCUGGUGCAAAAAUACUACAACACCUGUGAAAUGCGUGCGUUAUCUUUUGUAGGUUUUGUAGAUUCAACUAAAGAAAUGUGAGCAGAUCAUCUGCUAAGCAGCCUGUCAUCUGUAGACACAGCGUUGGUUCAUUCCUUGAGUUAAUUACCUGGUAUAUUCUUGAAUCAUUAAUGAUUAUCAAAGAAAUUAACAAACAAACAUUCUUCUGAAAAUGGCCACGACUGAGAAUGAGUGAAAAAGCAGCCAAUAUUCAAAGAAACACUUUGACAAACAGACCUUCAGAAAGCUCAGAGAACUGCUGCGUAAGACCACUUUUGAAAACAUUACAAAAAGAUCAGGCUCCUUUAAGCAAAAUGCAAAAAAACGAGAGGUGGCUCAAGAUAAGCGCACAGUGUAGAUUAACAAGUAUUCAUCAGUGAUAAUGGCUCAGUGUUGACAUAUUUCUACUGCUGGGGGAUAGAAGUGUAGUGAUAUGCAAUAUACUGGCUGUCAGGAUAGAGGAGGCUAUUUUGGGUUGGCCACUCAGAGAAGGCAAUAGGAGUCAUUAAAUUUGACUUGAGUUUUCUUGCAGUCAUUUAAAGACAGAGACUGAUCACACCAACUGGGUGUUCUGCAGAGAUUAAAAAAGGUAUGUUUAAUAUAUGUGUAUGAGUGAUGGUAGUGUAGGUUAAGGGUUUCUUUUUCUAUUAUGAUGUUAUUACUGACAGGUGCCUUAUUAGAUUAUGACACACACAAAGCUAUCAUGAAAAAAUGUAUAAGAAAUAUAGUAUUUUCACAAGUUCAAUAUUUAUAAGAAUACUGGCCACAUUUAUAUCUAAUCUUGGGUCACAUCAAUGUGUUUAAACUAAUUUAAGUAAUUUCGAUGUUAAUGUGUCUUUUAUUCAUUUGUAGCAGCUAUAUACAUUUUCUACAAAAAUCCAUCUUUGUAGAUCUAUCAUUUUAAAAAUUAAAUUAAACUGAUUAAAAGAUUUAUAUUUUUAUUCUGAUCUGGGUUUUAUCAAACGGGACUAAAAAAGGAAUAUCAUUCAAAGUAUCUGUGACCCUCAAGCAUGCAGUGUUGGCAAUUUAAAACUUUUAACUUUCAUAACAUUUAUAUUUAUAAAAAAAAAGCAGUCCAAGGUCUGGAUUACUUUGACUUGUCUCGGUAAAAAGAUGUGACAGCAUGCGAAGAAGUAUAAAAAACAGGCUAGUGAAAAUAGUUUACAAAAUUGAACCAUAGCCUAGAAGCUUGUUAAAACGUUAUAAUACUAUGAUCAUGCAUUCAUACGCUGCUAAUAAUGCUUCUCUUACAACCUUUUUACCAAAAGUAGAUUUUCUCACUUCAGUAUUAAUUAUUUUACAGACAAAAGUCAACCAUGGCUGAAGCAUCUAGAAAAUCAAAGAUUUCUGCAGCCCGCAGACUUGCCCUUAAGACCAAGCUGCUGAAAACAGCAACUGUGAUGUUGGAGGAUGAAAAGGAGCAAAAGAAGCUGAAGAGAGAGACGACUUUGAGGGAGAGAGUCCCUCCACUUCAGCUGUCUGGUUUGUCUCUGCAGGACCUUCAGGCUCUGUGCAAAGAACUGCACCAAAAGAUUGAUGUGGUAGACGAAGAACGGUAUGAUAGUGAAGUGAAAGUUGCCAAAAACAACAAGGAGAUUGAAAAUCUUUCUCAAAAAGUCUUUGACUUAAAAGGAAAGAUGAAGCGGCCUGCUCUCAAGAGGGUGAAGAUCUCAGCUGACGCCAUGUUGGGUGCUCUGCUGGGAUCCAAGGUCAAAGAGUCUGUGGACUUUAAGGCAAACCUGAAGACAGUGAAGAAAGAGGAGGAGAAGAAAGAGGAGGUGACUGAUUGGCGUAAGAAUGUGGAGGCCAUGUCUGGUAUGGAGGGCAGGAAGAAGCUGUUUGAUGCCGGACAAUAGAUUUAAAAUGAAUAUCUGGGUUAAGAUGUCUGUUAAGAAACAGGUGGAUGCAACAACUGCAUUAACUUUAUAAUGAUUAUAAUUCUGACACAGCUCAUGUUGUGAAUAUACAGACAGUAGUGAGGCAUCAGUAGUGUCUUUAGGACAAUUGUCUCUUAAUAUAUAUUUUUCCCAUAAUGAAAAAAUGUGUAUUAAACAUAUUAGAGCACUACAUUGCUUUUUUAGUUUUUUAGCCUAUAUCUGAAUUAAUAUUGAUUGCCUGUGUCACUUCAAUAAUAUCGCCCUGCUUUUUGACUUUGUUUAUUUAUUUAAAAAAUCGCCCAUAUUUACAGAAAACCAGAUGAGCAUAUGACAAGAAAUCUUUCAUGUGUCCUGCUUAUGUUCUGCCCAUGUUGUCUGAAAAAGCUUGUGCUCUUUUGCUAUACUGAACUGAUUAAGACCGUGAAUGCACAUUCCAGGGGCAGCUAAUGCUGGAGUCAACUGUUCAUGAAGUCCUUGUAUGAAUGUGGUAUUAAUUAAACUAAUGAGCAAAGCAUUGUCAUAAUCAAUCAAAUAAUAAAAUCUCUUUAACAUUAA